UACAAGUGGUCCUUGAUAUUCAACGAAACGAUCCAAUAUGCCGUCCGCGAAGAUUUACUACGAUCAGGAUGCUGACCUGAACGUCCUGAAGGAGAAGACAAUCGUCUUCCUCGGCUUCGGCAACCAGGGCGCAGCACAAGCACAGAACCUGCGUGACUCGGGCAUUCCCAACGAGCAGAUUCUCGUUGCGAACAGGCCUGAUUCGUACGCAGAGGACGCGAAGUCGAAGGGUUUCAAGGUCGAGCAUGACUUUGCGAAGGCCGCCAAGGUAGCCGACAUUGUCUUCAUCCUCAUCCCCGACCAAGUCCAGCCACGAGUCUUCAACGAAGUCUUCGCACCUAACUUGAAGGACACUGCGGCCAUCGUGGUCGCCAGUGGCUACAACGUCUUCUUCAAGCUCCUCAAGUUCAAGCCCACACAGGAUGUCGUCAUGGUCGCUCCGAGGAUGAUUGGUUCCUCCGUGCGUACCUUGUACGUCAAGGGCAAGGGCUUCCCUUGUUUCGUCUCGGUCGAACAAGACGGCACUAGCAAUGGCCUUGCCGUCGCGCUAGCGUUGUCUCGUGUCAUCGGUGCAACUAGGGCAGGCGCAAUCGCUUCCUCGGUAUACGAGGAAACUGCGAUGGAUCUCUUUGCCGAGCAGGCACUGUGGCCAAACAUCAUCAUGCUGUUCAGGGAAGCCUUCAGCGUCCUUAAGGAUGCAGGAUGCUCUGACGAAGCCCUAUGUUACGAAAUGUGGAUGUCGAAGGAGCCUGCAGAGAUCUUCGAGCGUGCGGCAGAGGAUGGCUUCAUCGCGCAGUUGAAGUACCACUCGACUGUCUCGCAAUAUGGCCAACUAAGCGGCUCGCUUGCUCUCGAUGGCACGUCAAUGCGGGAACACUUCAAGCAUAUCCUGCACAACCAGGUCUUGAACGGCAAGUUCUGCGGCGAGUUCAGCAAGAUCGAGGCCGAUCUGGAGAAGGAGGGCGACGAGAACCCGCUGAACCAGUUGUACAAGAAGUCGGAGGAGACUGAGCUUGUGCAGGCAGAGAAGAGAGUGCGCGCGAGGCUCGCUAACCUUUUGUAAGUAGAUAUAGAUGUCAUAUAGAAUACCCGUAGAAACCGUCGAAUGUAUGAUAGGAUGAGAAGUGCCGCGGUACUGUUUGCCCGUCGUACUUGAACGGACGGUAUGUCUAUAUAUGUCUCCGAGUGCCGUCGAAGAUGGUGAUAGAUGCUGUGACAAC